AUGAAGUCGCUCCCUCUGUCCCGGACGCUUGUCAGCGCGUCCGUCGCAGCUCUCCUGACGGGCGCUGCAGACGCCCGGCAGGCGCUGAACAAGUCCUUCAAUGUGCUGGAUUACGUCGAUCCCCUGAUCGGAUCGGCCAACGGAGGUCAUGUGUUUGCUGGCGCCUCGCUGCCUUUUAGCAUGGCCAAGGCGGUUGCCGACUCGGAUACCGACAACCAGGGCGGCUUCGCGACCGACUCGAACCACAUCACGGGCUUCUCGCACAUGCACGACUCAGGCACUGGCGGAGGCGCGUCGUUGGGCAACUUCCCUCUCUACCCCCAGACCAGCUGUCCGAACGAUGACAUCAACCAGUGCGUGUUCCGCUACCAGGAUCGAGCCAUUGGCUUCCUCAACGAGUCCGUCGUCGCGCGUCCGGGCUACUUCAGUAUCGCGCUGGAGAACAACAUCCGCGCCGAGAUGACCGUGUCGAACCACACGGCGCUGUAUCGCUUCACCUUCCCCGCCAACAACGGCGCCGCCGCCAACAGCUCCAUCAGCCCGCUGAUCUUUGUCGAUCUGAUCGAUCUGCCGCAGUCUCGAUCCAAUGGCACGGCCACCGUCGACCCGUCGACCGGCCGGCUGUACGGCAACGGCACCUUCAACCCCAGCUUCGGCAUCGGCACCUACGAUCUGCAUUUCUGCGCCGAUUUCCAGGGCGCCAGGGUCCGCGACACCGGCGUGUUCGUCAACAACCGUGCCGGAACGACGCCCAAAACCGUCAAGACGAUCAACGACGGCGUCAACAAUGACGAGUCCCUGUCUGCCGGUGUGUUCACCCGCUUCUACGCGCCCGCCAACAACACGAUCCUCGCGCGGGUCGGCGUCAGCUUCAUCAGCGUCGACCAGGCCUGUGCCAAUGCGCAGAAGGAAAUUCCGACCUUCGACUUCGCCAAGACCCAGAAAGCUGCCGAGCAGGCGUGGACGCAGAAGUUGAGCGUCAUCAGUGUCGACGCCAGCGGUGUGUCGGACGAGUUCCAGACCAUCUUCUGGAGCGCCGUCUACCGGGCGAUGCUGAGCCCGCAAGACUACACAGGCGAGAAUCCGCUCUGGAACAGCACUGAGCCGUACUACGACAGCUACUAUUGCAUCUGGGAUUCCUACCGCAGCAUCCAUCCGCUGAUCACCUUGCUGGACCCUCUGUCCCAGUCGCGCAUGGUGCGUAGUCUGGUCGAUAUCUACCGGCACGAGGGCUACCUCCCCGACUGCCGCAUGUCGCUGUGCAAGGGCUACACGCAGGGCGGCUCCAACGCGGACGUCGUCAUUGCCGACGCGUAUCUCAAGAACGUCACCGACGUCGACUGGGCCACGGCGUACGAGGCGGUCGUCAAAGACGCCGAGGUCGAGCCCUUGAACUGGGCGGUUGAAGGUCGCGGAGGCCUGAGCAGCUGGAAGACGCUGGGCUACAUCCCGACGGACGACUUUGAUCCGUACGGCAGCGGGCCGCUGACGCGCAGCAUCUCGCGCACGGUCGAAUACGCUUACAACGACUUUUGCAUCGCGGAGAUGGCCAAGGGACUGGGCCACGAGGACGACUACCAGAAGUACAUCAAGCGCUCGGGCAACUGGCGCAACAUGUUCAAGGCGGACCAGACGUCGCUCAACUUUACGGGCUUUUUGCAGCCGCGCUAUCCGAACGGGACAUGGGGGUUCCAGGACCCGAUCUUCUGCAGUCCGCUGCUGAAUUUCACGUCCUGCUAUCUCAACCCGGCUGGCCAUGAGACGUAUGAGGGGAGUUCGUGGCUGUACACGUUCUACGUCCCCCAAGACAUGGCAUCCCUGGUGACUGCUCUGGGCGGCCGCGAAGAGUUCACCAACCGCCUGUCAUACUUCCACAACUCUGGUCUCCUCUACGUCGGCGACGAGCAGGCCUUCCUGCCGGUUUUCCAAUUCCACUACGCAGGCCACCCAGGGCUGUCGGCGAAGCAGGUGCACGCCUACAUCCCGUCGCAAUUCAACACCUCGACGAACGGCAUCGCCGGCAACGACGACAGCGGCGCGAUGGGCUCCUUCACGGCGCUUAGCAUGAUGGGCAUCUGGCCCGUGCCCGGCCAGAACGUGUACCUGCUGACGCCACCCUUCUUCCGGGAGGUCAGCAUCCGGCACGGCAUCACGGGCAAAGUGGCCACCAUCCGCAAUCUCAACUUCGACCCGACCUACAAGAACAUCUACAUCCAGAACGCGACGCGCGAUGGCAAGCCGUGGACCAAGAACUGGAUCGCGCACGACUUUUUCCUCGAGGGGGGUGUGCUCGAGCUGACGCUGGGCAGUACGGAGAGCAGCACCUGGGGGACGGCGGUGGAGGAUCUGCCGCCGAGUUUGUCGUCGUAUGAGGUUGCGUAA